ACAAGCUAUGCACUACUGAGAUUCUGAACCCUGCAGGUUGUGCAAUUGACUCCCACUCAAUGUGACCUUGUUUGGAACUAUCUAGAUCAAUUUGAGAAAUAUUUGUCAAGAUGCACUUCAUAAACUGCUUCUUAUUUAAUUUGAAAUGGCAAUAACUACCGCGUGAUUAUACCAGACAACCAUAAGAUUCGUGAUACGGGCUAAACUUCCAUAUGGGGCGCAGCAGAAGAGACCACAGUCAGUCAUGAAACAAAUACUGAUAUUUUAGAGCGAGUGAUGAAGUGUGAGUGUUGAAGAGUGUCAACGUAAUAAGAUAAACUUGUCACUUUCAACGUAUUUUUACUCAUUCUGAAAUCUUCUGUCAUGCCGCUACCUGUCAGCUUGGCUUGCAAUUGGUGUGCAAGGAAAUAGCUUGAAAACACAAUUUCCAUUCAAACUAUAAUGGCCACGAAAAUAAUGAACAAGUUUAGGACGUUUGUCGUGUUGAUCCUCGUUCUGCAGAGUUUGAGCGUGUUUUUUCUCAUCAGGACUAUGCCCGAAGGCUUUCAAACAUCCGGAGGAGCUUCUUAUCGGGAUUUCGAGAGAUUGAACUUUCAAAACUACAGUUCAUAUUCUGAAUAUGAUGAGGAGCUUAGAAGUGUUGGUCAACGUUCUUCGAGGAAAAGAGACAAAGGCUAUGAAUUAAUAAGCGCCGACGAAGAAAUAUUUUUUCCAGUAUUGAGAGGUUACUUCGCAGGGGAAGUUUUAUCACACAGCUUGCAUAUGAUUCAGACUCAAUCAUUGCCGAAAAUUGAUCUGCUGGAAGAGCUUUUUUUGAGCGAAAGUGACGUCCUGCACUCCAGAAACAGUUUUUCUUUAGUGAACGUAAUAUCUCCGGUAACCAAACAAAACUACACUUACGUCUCUUUUAUUAGUCCUGAGCAAAGAAAAAUUUCUGAAUAUAUCUAUGAAGACAAAAUUUCUACGGAUUUACGAAACAAAAAAUCUAAUGCGUCUUCAAACGCCGAUAAGUCUUCUGAAGAGCUAGCUCACGACUUGCUAAUGAAACUGACGAAGCCAACGCUGCACUGCAAAAGAAUGGUCAAAAUGGGCGGUCGAUAUGCCAGUAAAAUGCCCGAUGGAGAAAAGUACAUGUGCAUGGACCCAGGCAGGAUGCUCAAUGCCAAGUCCUGCCUUGUUUAUUCCUUCGGUGUUGGUUACGAUUUCACGUUCGAAAGACUGAUGGGCAUUUACGGCUGUUAUGUUGUGGCGUUCGAUGACGACGAGUCACAUAGUCAAUAUCCUAGUCAGCCCUACAACAGGGUAAACUUCAUUAGCGUUCGUUUAAGUUCUUCCGGCAAGAUUGAGUGGAAGACAGAAGUAAAGGGGAAGAAAGAUGGCAGCACUUCCAAUUACACUUACGUCUAUCGACCUCUCGACAACAUCUUGGCCAUCACGGGACAUUAUGAUGAAGUUUUGGAUUAUUUAAAACUUGACGUUGAAGGAAGUGAAUGGAGCACUUUUGAAAAUUCUAUAUUCAAGAGCGAUGUGCUGAACAGGACGCGAUAUCUGGCGGUUGAGCUCCAUUUAAUCGCCCUCAAUGACGCGGCGAGCGACGACCCGUCCUCGCAGCGAGCUUAUAUCCUGCGCUACCUUAGAUUCUUCACGGAGCUUGAAAACUUCGGGUUUAAGCUUCUCCACUACGAUCCGAAUUUCGUCAAACCAACUUUUGUUCAUGUCUUCGGCCACCACAUCCCAGUGUACGCUGAGCUGGUCUGGUGGAAUCCUCGUGUAGCUCAGAACACACUCGCUUCUAAACACUACCUGGAGUCGAAUACGAUCGAAGAACUCGAAUUUAUGAAUUGAUUUUUGCGUCCGCUUUAUGUAUGGUUAGCUGUAUGCGCUAUUUUGUAGAUAUUUAUAUCACAUUCAAGCUUCGCAUGCAUACUAUUUAUUCACAAGAGCACUUUGAAAUAUUUUGGUACAGUUAUCUGUAUCAACGUGGCAAUGAAACUAUUAGAGAAGUUCCGUGCGAACAAUUGUUGUGUGGAAAUGGAACGUUCCCUUGCAGCGAAAUGAAGAUGAGGCAAUGUAACGAACGUUAUCUCAACAUAACAUAGUAAUUUCGGCGCUGAAGAGUAGGCCUGAUGCGGCCUGUCGCCGAUUAUUGAAC